AUGGGAUCAGCGCAUUCUCGAUCAGCUCUGCGUACAAAAAGCCAUGGUCUAUGUUUUUAUCUUGGUUUACCGAGUCUUUUUGUUACCAUCAAUCCAGCUGAUAUACACAGUCCAGUGGCCCUUUAUUUUGCAGAUGAAUAUGACGCAGAAUCAAAUAUGGCAAAUACCAAUGAAACAUCAGCAGGUGAACUAGUUGAUUUUGAUGUAUUUGUAUUAUUCCUUUUUUUAUUCAAAGCAAUGGAAACUAAUGCGAGUGAAAUUGUUCCUGCUUGCCAACCAACGCCUAAUCCAUCUUCUGACGAUUUCAUACGGAUAUUUUGGAAAGAUAUUAUACGACUCGUUGAAACCUGCAAUAUGCAUAAACAUUCUGCAACAUGUUAUAAAUACUCAAAAGCAAAGUCAGAUAAUUUAAAAACUUGUCGAAUGCGUAUGCCACGUGCUCUCGUGAAAAAUUCAACUAUCGACCAUGUAUCUGGCCAGAUUGCUAUGCGUCGAUCGCAUCCAUGGAUUAAUAAUUUCAAUGAAUGGCUCAUUAGUGCUUGCAGAUCUGAUAUGGACAUUAAAUUCAUUUGGGGUGGCAAUGGCGCAAAAGCUCUUGUUUAUUAUAUAACUGAUUAUAUAACAAAAUCGAGUCUAGCUUUCCACGAUAUGUUUCUAUUUGCGCAGCAAGGAAUCAAGUCUAUUGAGCAGUAUCGAAUUUCAGACCAAGUCGAAAGUGCUACUGAAAAAUCGCGUAAACUUGUAUUGCGAUGUUACAAUAUGAUUGCUUCACAUCAAGAAAUUUCAGGUGUCCAAGUAGCAUCAUAUUUAAUGAACUUUGGUGACCAUUAUACGACACAUACGUCCAAGAAUCUUUUCUUAUUCUCUAUUGAAAACUAUAUACAAACAGAAUUAAUUAAAGCACGACUCAGCGCACAAGAUACUAAUGAAAAGAAUGAAGACGGUAACAGAUUUAAUUUUACUAACACUGAUAGAAAAAUGAUGAAUCUUUUAGAUAUGUUGAAUUGCUUUUAUGAUGAUCAUGAAGAAGAUGAAACAAAAAUGACCGAAGAACAAUUUCUUUUGGAGAAAACGAUGAGGAAAAAUGAAGAUACAUAUGUGGUGGUGAAUACUCGUCUUGACUAUCAGUAUCGAUCGAAAGAUUUAACUACACUCUGUUUAUAUGAUUUUGUCAGUCUAUUUCAUAAAAAGAUAAUUGACAAAUCAGAUCAGCGUGCACUGAAGAAUGCUAACAGAUCUCAAGGUGAGAGGCUAUGCACACAAGGUACAAAGAUAAAUGAACGUCAUACUUUUGAAAGCACACAUCCCCAAUCAUCAUCACAUAUUCUUAUCAAACGCAACACCCCAGUUGUACCAGUUCUAUUGGGCCCUCAAAUACCACGUCGGGAGCGAGAAGACACUCAUGAACGCUACUGUUGUGCUUUACUGACACUCUUUGUACCAAGGCGAUCAAUAAAUGAUCUUUGUAAACUCACUGAGACGUGGUCUGGAGCGUUUGAAGCUCGUAAACAUCUGAUAUCCGAUGACGCACUCAGAAUUAUUGAAAAUAUACAGCUACUGCAUGAGUGCGAAAACGAUCGGGAUCAACAUCUUCUACAGCUUAUUGGAGCAGCAGACAAUGACAACAACAUUGAUCCUCUUCUUAUCCCUGAUUGUUAUGAAAAAGCCGACGAUAAUGAAGACGACGAACCUGAAGAACUUUUGCAAAUGCUCUCACUUAUUAAUGAAACCAACAGCACAGCACUUUUCAAACCUUCCAGCUACCAGGAGCAGCGUUAUUUACACGAUGCACUAGAAUCAAUUGAUAGUACAAAUAGAUUUGCCUCAUGA